AUGAAAGUUGCUCUCGUGUUCAUUUUCAAUAUCCAAAGGCAUUUUUCUAGAAUCCACAAGUCAUCAACCCAGAGGACAGUUGGCCAGUUUACGCUACUCCCAGUGAUAUAUAUACGCCGUCCGUCAGGAAUCGAGAAAUACCCAUCGAUAUAUUACCUUUAUAAUAUCUCUGCGUCCUACCUGCGCGCCAGUCAUCGAAAAGGAAAAAAAACCCGCCUAAUAAAACAAAUCAGACGACCACCCCUGACCUUCUAUUAUCUAGAUCAACUCAUAGCAAAAUGGUAUGCUUACUGCUCAAACUAUGCAAUUAUUAACUUGUUCUUAAUUGAAAUAUUUAGGCUCCACAGACUCCCCAACAGCGAAGGGCGAACGAGAGAUUUGCCAAAAAAGAAGCCUCCAAACCAAAGUCUCCUCUAUCUAUGGGCUGGGUUGGUACGUGAUAUUACCAUUUCGCAUCCGUGGGACUAUACACCGCUCUCAUCCCCUAUUACGGCUUUACACCUCCGAGAGGAAGAUGUUUUUUACGGGAUAUCUGCUAACUACCUCGGUACCGCAACAGUUCUACUGCUUUUCGUCCUAUGUGGUGGUAUCUUUUUUGAAUUAGCCAGGGUCAUCCCCGAAAUAUGGGGUUAUUUCUCUAGAUUUAUCACCCAAUGGACCAGUUAA